CACUUGUAAGGGCAAGAAUCCCCUACUUUCCAAAUCCAAAACUCGUUCUCUGGUCUUCCCUCCUCAUGCGAGUCCACGAUUCUUAACGUACACCUCUCUCCUCAGUUUCUUACAGAUCCCAUUUGUUCUUCCUUCUUCUCGGCCAUGUCUUCAAGACCAUUUGCUUCUCUUCCUCUUAGUCUUCACAUUAUUGCUUCCUUCUCACAGUUCCGUACACCUGCUUGUAACUCUAUCGCAUUUGGGAGAUAAGUAAGGACCUCUGAAAUCCGUUCAAACAAUGGAGAUUUCUAGUGGGGUCUUGGUUUUCUCGAUAUUUCUCUGCUUUUUCGCAUCUGGGUCCUUCUCUAUCGAGGAUUUUCACCAAGCGUUUCCUAUUGUGGAACCUGAUCCUGGUCAUACAAAACUUCGUCUUUCAAGGGAAGGCCUGGAGGCCAUUGGGAGGAUAACAACCCCUAUUGCAGCUGUUGCUGUUAUUGGGCCGUACCGCUCUGGAAAAUCAUUUUUGCUCAAUCAACUUCUCUCCCUCUCUUGCUAUGAAGGGUUUGGUGUUGGACACAUGCGUGACACAAAGACAAAAGGAAUAUGGGUUUGGGGAACCCCAAUAGAAUUGGAUAUUGAUGGAGUUAGAACCUCUGUCUUUUACCUUGACACAGAGGGAUUUGAAAGUAUUGGGAAAUCUAAUGUAUAUGAUGACCGGAUUUUUGCUCUGGCAACUGUCAUGAGUUCUGUGCUCAUCUACAACCUUCCUGAGACAAUUCGUGAAGCUGACAUCUCUCGGCUGUCAUUUGCUGUUGAGCUUGCCGAAGAAUUUUAUGGGAGGUAUACAAUACAAUUAUCCAAGUUCUUUAUGAAGCAUUUUAUGUUAUUAUAGCGUUGGUGGUUUUGAACACCCUAUUUUUAUUACCAAAACUAACUUUAUUCUUCUGGUUUAAUGUACAAUAAACAUCACAUGGUAAAUAGAGUGAAGGGCCAAGAUAUUGCCUUUGAACCUGCAAAGCUUUUGUGGCUUAUCCAGCGUGAUUUUCUACAAGGGAAGUCUGUGCAAGAAAUGGUGGAUGAAGCUCUUCGACAUGUGCCUAAUAAUGAUGGGGACAAAAAUAUUGAUAUGGUUAAUCAAAUCCGUGACUCGUUGGCUGUUAUGGGUGAUAACAGCACAGCCUUUAGCUUACCACAACCUCAUCUCCAGCGAACAAAGCUUUGUGACUUGAAGGAUGGUGAACUUGAACCUAUGUAUGUCAAGAAGCGAGAGCAAUUGAAAGAGCUUGUUGCUGGCAUUAUCCAUCCGAAGAUUGUUCAGGGUAAACAUCUAAAUGGAAAGGAGUUUAUAUCUUUCCUGGAGCAGAUACUUGAAGCCUUGAAUAAAGGGGAGAUCCCAUCAACGGGUUCUCUUGUGGAGGUUUUCAAUAAAGGUAUUCUUGAGAGGUGUUUGAAGCUAUACAGUGGUUGGAUGGCAGCAUUGCAUCUACCCGUCUCAGAGAAACAUCUGGAAGAUACCCAUCAAAAGUCUAGAGAUGAGGCAAUGAAAGUCUUUGAUGAGCAGCAUUUUGGACGACAUCAUGCCAAGAAAUCAUUCGAGCAACUGGAUGAAGAAAUACAAAAGGUGUAUAAGAAUUUCAUUAUGGGAAACGAAUAUCAAUCCUCAAAGCUCUGCGAGGCACUAUAUACCAAAUGUGAGGAAAAAAUGGACCAGCUUCAAGUUCUCAGGCUUCCUUCCAUGGCAAAAUUUAAUGUAGGUUUCCUUCAAUGCAACCAAAGUUUUGAGGUAGAGUGUGUUGGACCUUCAAAAGCAAACUAUGAGCGACGAAUGAAGAAGAUGUUGGGGAAGUCACAAUCUCUAUUUAUCAAGGAAUACAACCACAGGCUCUUCAAUUGGUUGGUGGCAUUCUCCCUUGUCAUGGUGGUGGUGGGCCGGUUUAUCAUAAAAUUCUUUUUGAUUGAAAUUGGGGCAUGGAUACUCUUUAUCUUCUUAGAGACAUACACAAGGAUGUUUUGGUCAGCAGAGUCUCUUUACUACAACCCAGUUUGGCAUUUCAUAGUAGCCACUUGGGAAACACUUGUUUACAGCCCUUUCCUGGAUUUGGACAGAUGGGCAAUUCCCAUGGGUGUAAUAUUGGCGAUAUUGAUACUAUAUUGGCGAUGUUAUGGGCGAAGAAAACAUGGGUCACGUUGGCUAUUACCGCUAUACAACAAUCAAAAAAGUGGCUCAAAUCGGCCAAGAUCAGAUUAAGCAUAGAAACAGCGUGCAUGCUUUUAAUGCCCUUGGUCUGCCUGCUUGAUCAUCUUCUCGAGCGAGCUCUUCUUUUAUAAUACAUGAAGCCCGCCAAUCUGCUAUUUUGGUCCUCGAUACAGAUUUUAUUGCAAGACCGUGAAGACGUGAAAGAUCAUUGGCUGCAUUGAUAAGUCUGUAAUUGGAACAUCUCCAAUUGGUUUAUAUUAUUCUAAUCUGUUGAUUAUUUUAAAUGUCUAUUUUUUUCACAGUUAUUUCUGUUAAAUUUACUCAGUAAAUCAGAAUGUAAUACAUUAGAAGGGGAAGAGGAAAGAAAAAGAAAAAAAGUUAGAGAAAAGAAAAAGGAAAGAGAAAUUGUUUCUAGUAAUUGACUUGCUUUGAAUUCUUUGAGUCAUUAAUUUGGUCAGAUUAAUUACAUUAUAACACGAGGACGUGUCAAUAUAUUACAAGUUAUGUUAAA